AUCCCUCCUACAUCACUCACCGUGAAUUUGUGACGUUGGCAGCAAACUCGGAAGCAACGCUGUAAACAGGGAGAGGAAUAAUCUGUUUUCUCUUUUAGUAUAGAGAUUUGUGUGUAGCCAUGUAAACGUAUUGUUAAAAGACUUGACGCAUUUUAGGUACAUGUACUUUCAGUAGUCUACAGGUAGAAUAAUUUAAUUUAAAUAGCCUACGCAGGAUGGCCAAUAAAUCCAACAACCUACAGAAAGCCAUUGACCUGGCAGGCAAGGCAUCAGAGGAGGACAAGGCAAAAAAUUAUGAGGAAGCCCUGCGUUUGUACCAACAAUCAAUACAGUACUUUCUCCACGUGGUGAAAUAUGAGGCUCAGGGAGAGAAAGCCAAGCAGAGUAUCCGGGCCAAGUGUAAGGACUACUUGGAACGUGCAGAGGAACUGAAAGGAUACCUGAACAAGAAAGAAAAAGCCCCACCAUCCAAACCUGUAAAAGAGUCGGACAACAAAGGAGGCGACAGUGAUGGGGAGGACCAAGAGAAAAAGAAGUUCCAAAAUCAGCUUCAAGGUGCAAUUGUCAUGGAGAAGCCAAAUAUAAAAUGGGACGAUGUGGCUGGUUUGGAGGGAGCUAAAGAGGCAUUGAAAGAAGCCGUCAUUCUCCCUAUCAAGUUUCCUCACCUAUUUACUGGGAAAAGGACUCCAUGGAGGGGUAUCCUGCUCUUCGGCCCUCCCGGAACAGGGAAGUCUUACCUGGCUAAGGCUGUGGCCACUGAAGCCAACAACUCCACCUUCUUCUCCAUCUCUUCCUCAGACCUGGUGUCCAAGUGGCUCGGAGAGAGUGAGAAAUUGGUGAAAAGCCUAUUCAGCAUGGCCCGAGAGCACAAGCCUUCCAUCAUCUUCAUCGAUGAGAUCGACUCUCUCUGUGGCUCAAGAAGUGAGAAUGAGAGUGAAGCUGCUCGUCGUAUUAAAACAGAGUUCCUGGUCCAGAUGCAAGGUGUUGGAAAUGACAAUGAAGGCAUUCUUGUGCUUGGAGCUACCAACAUCCCUUGGUCACUGGACUCUGCUAUUAGAAGAAGGUUUGAGAAACGCAUCUACAUCCCUUUGCCUGAAGAACACGCCCGCUCAAGUAUGUUUAAGCUUAAUUUGGGCAACACCCCCAAUGACCUGAAUGAAGAAGACUUUGUCACUCUUGGUCAUAAGACAGAGGGCUACUCUGGUGCAGAUAUCAGCGUCAUUGUUCGAGAUGCCCUAAUGCAGCCUGUCCGCCAGGUGCAGUCAGCCACUCACUUCAAACGGGUACGUGGAAAGCAGUGGAACAAACCAGAUGUGGUGGUUGAUGACCUGUUGACCCCAUGCUCUCCUAGUGACCCCAAUGGCAUAGAGAUGACCUGGAUGGAUGUGUCAGGAAAUGAACUUUUGGAACCUGUUGUUAACAUGAAGGACAUGCUAAAGUCACUUGAGAAGACCAAGCCCACUGUGAACGAUGAGGACUUGGUGAAGCUUAAAAAGUUCACAGAAGACUUUGGUCAGGAGGGCUAAUUACCUGCAGAGGACAUGACACCAAAACAAUACUUUUGUAACUUAUAUGUCUCAUCUCUGUCUAGUACCAUUCCUUCAGUGUUUACAUAUACAUCUCAAAGUGCCAAGGGCUGUCUCUUCCUUCUAUUGCACAAACAAUGUUGGGAAGUAAGUCAUUGUAUCAGGAUUAUGUAUUUAAAAUACAAGGAUGAGUAACUGUGUUUAUAUUUAGUUACAGUUUAAAUAGGUGGUAUUCAGAAUACAGUUCCUUUGAUCACUUUAUGAAAUUAUCUUUUAAAUCCUUGUAAUGUGUAGGGCUAUAGACUUUUCAAACUUCAAUUGAAAUAUUUUUUCUAACCAAA